AUGGAAGCUACGAAGCUUGGCUACGGCGCUAUCGCGCCCAGCUUGUUCAGCUAUGCGACCGAAGUCAAAAACACCACGGCCAGGGCAAGAGCCCCUCAGCACAUCUCGCCGAGCAUGGAGCAGGCGCGCGAGGUUUACAGGCGGAGGAAUCGGACAACAAUGUUCUACACGCUGAGCAUCAUCCUGGGCACGGUGGCACUUUCCUACGGCUCGGUGCCUAUGUACAAGAUGAUCUGCCAAACCACCGGUUGGGGUGGGCAACCCGUCCGCGCGCCCAGCCACGGCGGCUCAUCGGGCUCCGAGGACGACCUCGCAUCACGACUUGUACCCGUCGAGGGUGCCAAGCGUCUCCGCGUCACCUUCAACGCGUCCGUGUCCGACGUCCUACCGUGGAAAUUCACACCGCAGCAGCGCGAGGUGCGAGUCCUCCCGGGCGAGACCGCCCUCGCCUUCUACACGGCGACGAAUACCAGCGACAAAGACAUAAUAGGCGUGGCGACGUACAGCGUAACGCCGGCGCAGGUGGCGCCGUACUUCAGCAAGAUCCAGUGCUUCUGCUUCGAGGAGCAGAGGCUUAACGCGGGCGAGACGGUGGACAUGCCUGUCUUCUUCUAUCUGGAUCCGGACAUGUUGACGGACCUGAACAUGAAGGGCAUCGAGACCGUCACGCUGAGCUACACGUUCUUCAAGGCCAAGUAUGAUGAUAACGGAAACAUAAAUGUGUUCCCAAGGUCGUGA